UUUAUUUAUAUCAUUCAUGGGAUUUGUCCUGUUGUCUUCGACUAUUACUAUAUCCACUUUUCUUCCAGCCAUGUAAGGAUUAAUGGAAAGUAAAUAAAUAAAUAAAUGAAUGUCUGUUUUAGUACAUGAUGUAAUGUAGCACCUACACCAUGUUUGUAAUGUUUACUGAUGAAUUAUUUCAAGGUUUUGAGACAAUAUGUAAUACUCUUACAGGGCUAUGGUAUGAGCAGGAAGAGUUUGGUUAUCCUGUACUACUGAUUUUGCUAGAAUGCUGUACGAAAAAUUUUUGUGCAGCAAACAAGUGUUGUCCAAGAGAAAACACUGCGUUGCCCACUCAGUGACAACAGUCCCCAAAUAGAUGUCUGGAAAAAGGAGGGUGCUGCAGUGAAAACGUGGCAACAGCUGUGUUUGUUGAGGAGGUUGACAACCUCUUCAAUAGUUUCAAUGGUGGAACCUGUGUUAACCCUUGGAAAACACUGCGUUGCCCGCUCAGUGAUAACAGUCCCCAUAUAGAGCUCUGGAAAAGGGCAAGUAUGGGGAUAAAGAGUUGGAUCCUUCUCAAGGAUGGUAAACCCGCCUUUCUUCAACCUCUUCCUUCACAGAAUGGGUGGCUGAUUGACAUCACUGCUGCCCAGCAUCUGUGAAGGACACUGAAAGAGGCGGGUUUUGAGUACCUACACACCCAAAACCUGAAUCAGGACCCCCUGGAGAACACAUUUGGAGCUAUUCAUUUGAACUGUGGUUCAAACAAUAACCCAACUGUGGGACAGUUUGUAGAUGCCCUGAAGACUAGCAUCAUCAAUGACCUAGCUUUUAAAGGUCUCAGAGAGACUAAUUGUGAGGGUGAUGGUGCUACUCUUCUGGAUAAUCUACAAUCGUUGCUCAGGGAACCUGAAGCUGCUUCAUGAAAUCCUUCCACAAGUCAUGGCAAGGAAACCACUGCUGGUGUGCCUGAGAGUUUCCAUGUUACUCAGCAAGUACAGAUGGACAUGAAUCCUGCAGUACCUGCUGGUGACAUGGAAGUGCUCUCAGUAGCUUACAUCAGUGGUUCCAUUGCCAGACAGGUGCUUCGUGGUAUCAGCUGUGAUGCAUGCAGGACAUGCCUGACAUCUGAAGUGCUGCUAUCAGCCAAUGUCUUCAUAUAUUUUAAGGAGUGCUGUGAUACAGAACAGCCUCUGACCUAUCCUUCUGAGAAGCUUGUGGAGACUGUUGGUACUGCUGUAACUCUAAUGGAGUCUAUGAUGUCAGAGGUGGCCCACUUCAAUUCAGUGGAGCAGCAUAUCACAGGUGCCAUCAAGAGCACCAUUGACUUCAAGUGGAUUAGGUGUUCUGGCUGUUCGCUUCACCACCAACGAAUAGUAGAUAGUAUUGUGAGAUGUCUCACACGAAUUUACAUUCCUUGGUGGUGUAAGCGAACAAACUGGUUGAUGACUGAAGCAGCCAGGCAGAGGGCCACAGAGAGGAAGAUGAAGAUACUGUCACAUCGGUAAGUCAUUGGGAAAGUAAUGCUUCUUCAUUUUUCCCUUAUAAUGACCUGCUCAUACCAACCCUGGAAAUCAGCAGACAGCAGUUAUUGAAUUAUUGGAAUAAUAUAUUCCAGUUGCUCACAUGGGCAUCAAUAGAUGUUUCAUAAGUUGGAAAAGUAACCCUGGUGACCAGCAACUCCAACUACCAUGCCUUCACAUGCUCUUGUCUCAAACCUCUGGUAUUGAGUAAUUUGUUGAUAACAUUGUCACCUACAGUCGGAUUACGUACAAGAAACCUAUUCUGAUAUUGAGCUCCAUCUCUUCCUUACUUUGCAGACUUGUUUCCUUCUUCCCAGUGUAUUAGAACAUCAUUGUCAGAAGACGGUCAGAGUUCAUUCUGCCCUCUAUCUGAAAAUAAUUAGAUUUCAAUCAAGAAUUGUGUGGGAAAUUCUUUUCUGACUCAAAUGGCUCUUGUUUAUAUGUGGGUAAGAAUGAAGGGGCAUUACUUUAUAAUUGACUUGCAAUCUUCAGGUUACCUGGUUCAGCGUGAAACAUCGAGGAGCUGAAUCAAUGUCAGGAUUCACUGUAUAUUUUGUAAUUAAUUUUUUCAACUACUUAGGCACAAUAGAUCACUGUGGUCGCGGUGCAAGGGCCAAGAAGGCCCACCCCUUGUACAUAAUUAACUACUUCCUAGGUAGGAAGUUUUACUUGUUACUGUUUACAUAUUUUAUUCAUCUAAUUUGUUAUUAUGGGUAUAUACCUUCAAUCAUUGCAUCAUUUUGGCCAUAUUAUUGUAUUGUAACGUGUUUCGUUACUGAAUAAGCCGUAGAGAUCGUUAAUUGGUUUACUGAACA